AUGUCAAAUCCAAACAGUAUUGCCUGGGUAGUACCACUAGAUGGUAAAUACCUUCACAAGGUGGAAGACAAGAUUAAGCACAGUCGACUGCGCAAGGCACCGACUGCAAAACCAGAGACCCCUAAGUCUCUAAAUGGAAGAGAAACCCCACCACCAAAGGAAUUUGACCCAAAUAGUGUCUGGUCACUUGAGCUGAAUAUUGGUUACGUACCAAAGAGCUCGGUAGGUGUGGUCUUCGGCACGGACAAUGAGACUUGUGACGUUAUUCUACCCCAGGUCGAGGGUAUCAGCAGGCGACAUUUCGCGUUGACAUACAAGAGAACUAUCCCAGACAAUCACUAUCGUUUGGUCUUGCGUGACCUUGGCUCCAGGGGUGGGACGGCAGUGGCAUAUGACCGCCAAGGCGACAGUCAUAAGCGGAGCGCGUUCGACUGGAUCCUAGACGGUUUCCUGCCCCCAGAUUCAACCAGAGAGCUGAAAGUCAGGUUGCUCGAUGAUUUCCAGUUUCAAAUAUUCGUCAAUCACGAUCAUGAUUUUACCUCAGCUGCCUAUGUUGCUCAUGUCAACCAAUUUCUGCAUGGAACAACAGAUGUAGCAAACCUCCUUCAGCAUUCCAUGCUUGAUCGAGGUGAUGAGACCCAGGCUGUUACACCCGGUGAAGGUGAAAUCAUUCUAUUUGCAGGAUUUCUCGGGGAGGGCGGUUUUGGGAGUGUCACUCGCCAUUGGAAUGUGAGCACGGGCGAAGAAUACGCCUGCAAGCAACCUACUACCAGAAAAUAUGACAUUCAUGCCUGGAACCACGAAAUAGCAAUAAUGAAGCAGCCAAAUAUCGUUCAGUUUUGUUUUCACGAGCUCAAUCCACUGCCCAAAAUAUACUUGGAGUACAUGCCUUUGGGUGAUCUUUUGACUGUGCAUGAGAGAGACGCAUUGACACAUCACGAAUGCCUAGAAGUUCUCAGCCAGUGCGCUUCAGCCCUGGGAUAUUUUCAUAGAGAGUUUCAGGCAUCACAUCGGGACAUCAAACCUGAGAACAUUCUUGUGCAACGGCGCGGCCCAAGCCACAACCCCAGAGAUAUCUUGGUCAAGCUCGGAGACUUUGGUAUCUCCAAGGUUGGAGACGUACCUAGAUCAUAUUGUGGGACAACUUUUUACAUGGCUCCCGAGGUGAUGAGUAACGCGGCGUCUUAUACUUCGGUCGCGGAUAUAUGGUCUCUUGGGGUAGUCAUCCUGCAACUUGCGUAUGGCCUUCCAAUGUGGACAGGGGACGGGAGAACAUACGCCACUUAUAUUAUUUCCCAUUUAAUGUCGUUGCGGGAUCCGAAAUCUCCUAUCAUCGGCAUCUUGAAGCACAUGUUGGUUGCUAACCCAAAUUCACGAUGGUCGGCAGAGCAAUGUUACUCGCACCUUCAAGCGAGCCGCGUCGACUCUUCUUCGAACCAGAACCUGCCACUCUACAGAAUUCUGCAAAUCGGCCAGAUUAAGAUUGGAUACAGACAAGCCCACGUAUUCAAAGAUGGUAGGGUUGUUGAGGAAGGCCUCAACGCCACGCACCUAUUCGAUCUACGCUCCACGGCCUAUUGUAGGACCUCCAUGCAGUUCUUUCUUAGGAACCGUGUGGCUAAAGAUGAUAGAGACAUGUGCAGGGAGGGUGCGGGUCUUCGGGGAAGCUACCUAAACCUGUCAGAUGCUCUGAGGUUCUGCAACAAGUUUAAGAUUACAGAAGGCAUAAAGGUGAUCCUCUUACUCCGACCAGAGCUUGGCGAGUGGGUUGAGGAGGCUGAGCCGCCUGCUGAGCCUGUUGUUGCCCAGGACCCCGACGGUGGCGAAAAUUUGGACGAUGCCGACGCCAAAUCUGAUACUGCUGAGGGGGCUGAAGACGCCGACUUUGAUCCAGGCGAGAAUAUCGAACAACCAGCUCCUCUCCCGCAGCCUGGAGGCACCGCUGAGGAAAGAGUCAGCUAUUAUACGCAGCCGAGUUAUUCGAACGGGCUUUUCCUUGCGCUUCCGAACCAGUCAUAUAAGCAACUUCUUGAAUAAUUAAGCGCAUAUUGGUUAAAACUGCAGUUCUUAGUUUGGUUCAUAAUGAACGCUUGUCACAACACCCGGGCCGGAUUUUUGCCUUUUUGUUAAGCUACUCUUACUUUCGAAGUUGCCGUUGCGCGACAGCUGAGAGUAAAAUAGAUAGAGCAUUAUUGGGAUAUGCAUUU